AUGAUCGAGGAUCCAGCAGCAUCGAUUAUUCCAUUUAUCGCGAAUGUGGGGAUCAAUGAUGAGAAAGCCCAGGAAAUAGCCAUUGGGCUUAGCGAAGGCGUGGUGCAGCGUCGGUUUAAGCUCCUGGAUUUGGUAGUCGCUUUAAAAGAGGAAUUGCUAUCUAACGAGGCAUCGCAAAGACAAAAGGCUUUGCAUUGUUUGUCAAGCGUUCUUGCAGAGCUUCCUGAGGAUCAACUAUCGAAGAAUGAAGUGUCCGUUGUAUUUUCCUUCUAUUUAUCCAAGUAUGAAGACUCAAACUUGAUUAAAGAAACCUUGCACGGACUUUCCUCUCUGGCCAAAAUGAGAUACAUGUCGCGCGAGAAUACUGAAUCCUUGAUGGAUUUACUGACUAGCAAAUACCAAUCAGGAUCCUUCUUGGCUCCAGUGAGAUAUUUCGCUUUUGAGACAAUCAAAAACAUAUAUAUGAGAAACGAAACAAAGCUGGUGGCUGAUAACGAUUUUGCCGACGUUUUUGUCAAAUGCUAUAUUCACGUUGUCAGUGGCGAGAAGGAUCCGCGAAACCUACUUAUCUCCUUCAAGUUAAGUAGGCAAAUGACAUCGACUUUGAAGAAUAUCAGCAAAUUCAAAGAAGAAUUGUUUGACAUCUUAUUUUGCUACUUUCCUAUCACCUUCAAACCUCCCAAGGAUGAUCCCUACAAAAUUUCUAAUGCUGAUUUAAAGUUAGCUCUGAGGUCGGCCAUGUCGGCCAAUGCUGAAUUUUCUGAAGAUGCCUUUGGAAAUUUGAUUGAUAAACUGACAGCGUCUUCACCAGUUGUGAAGAAUGAUACACUCUUGACUUUAAAGACCUGCGUUGACAAUUUUGGCGGGGAAGCCCUAGUAGACAACUGGCUACCAUUGUGGAAUGCCCUCAAGUUUGAGAUUAUUCACGGUAAUGAUGAGAGUAGCCCAAUCGUCCCUGUCGGGCAAUCAGAGCCUUCUGGUGACAAUGUCAACAAUUAUCAGGAGGCAUUGAACGUCAUGAAAUCACUGUCAUAUGGGCUGAUUACAUUUGAUGGGAUAGCUUUCGAGAAGUUUUUUGGUCAUAUUUACGAGGAGCUGAAGCCCAAUUUUACUCAUGACAAAGACCUCAAGCAAAGCUGUUGCAUAUUGGCAUCCAUCGGCUCUGCGAAUGUCGAUACGUUUAAUAAAGUUAUCGAGAGUAGUCUACCCCUUUUUCUCAGCAAUACUUCUGCAACUGCAAAGCUCAAGCUGAUAAUAAUGAAUCUGUCGUUUUUUUUCAAGGCAUAUGCUGAGGUAUUCAACACGAUGGACUCGUCAGAUGAGAAAAUAAGAAGCAAUAAAUUACUUUCAUUCAAAGACGAGAUCCUAAUGAUUUUGAGUAAAGCUUUGACGGGUACUUCGAAGGUAGAAACGACGUUACGCACGCUAGCGGUCAUCCAAUUCACGAAAAUGACCACAAUGAAGGACUUCCUAGAUAAGGAUGAAGUUGCUCUGAUUAUUCAGUAUCUAACCGAAACUAUCCUCACUGAUGAUAAUAAAAACAUCUACUGUGCAUGUCUAGAAGGUCUCAAGACUAUAGGUGAUACGCAUGAAGAGACGAUACUUCAUGUCUCGCUUACGAGGAUGCUUGAUCUUUUACCUGUGUCUGAGAAGGCCAUCUCAAUGAAUAGCGAACCAAUAGAAAGAGAAAGCGUUUUGAGAGUCCUUUUGGAUUUCACGACUUCCAAACACAGUCUAGUUAAUGAGAGCUUGAUUAAAAUAUCUUCGAAAUCAAAUUCGACUGCCCGCUGUGGAGAUGACAGUGAAUAUUGCUUUUUGCUUGCAUCAGCAUUAUUCACUCUAAUGGUAAACAAUAUCGAUUCAAUGAGUGAAUCAGAUGCUAUUCUGCUAAAGGAAAACGUAGAACCCCUUCUGCUCCAGUUGUUGACCGAAGACUCGAAUGUCUUUAUCAAAGAUCAUACUAGAAUGCUGCUUUCCAAUGUCCUAUUUUUCAUCAGUCUCAAGCUCCCAGUCGCCCAACACCAGCAAAAUUUGGAGACAUACAAAGAGUUGUUCAACAGCAAGUUGAAGAUUUUUGAAAAGCCGGCCCACCACGUAUUUCCGUUUGUGCAACUUCUUGCGGCCGCGAGUAAUAACUGCAAAUUUGAGGAUGCUGAUUCGAUAUUUGAGAAGGCUAUAAGGUUGAUCACUAGCAAGCAUCCAAUCUCAGAAUUUGAAAAACUUGGCUAUCUGGAACUUCUGAUGGUAUUGAGUAAUAAAUGGGUUCCAGAAGAUACGAUAGAGCGCCUAUGCGAUUGGGAUGAUCUUUCCUUUUCGAAUCUAGAAACCCUGAUAUGGAUCGGAAAAGGGUUGAUUAUGCGCAACUGCGAUAUGGGACUCACGUUUCAAGAGAGAUUAGCGGAUAAGCUUUCCAGGGAAGACGUUGGAUCUUUCGUAGCCAAGAAGUUUGAGGUUCUGGUCACUGACCUGGUCUUAAUGGGGAAAUAUAAGGGCGUUCCACUCAGUAACAAUGUUCGACUUUUGUACAAGCAAAAGUACUUCAGCGAAGUGUUUCCAAAACUGCUCGAUCAGCACAAAAGGACCAGCAACCUUCUAGUUAAGGCAAAUUAUUUGACGGCAUUAGCCUUGACUGCAAAACACAUCCCGCCCAAAGUAAUGGAGCCCUACAUGCCAGAGUUCACACCAAUAUUACUGCAGGCUUUGAACCUACCGAUGGCAGAGGUGAAAGUAUCAGCACUGAAGACACUAAAAGACACAGUGAAGAAACACAACCAGCUAGCCACCGAGUAUGCUCAGUCUUUGUAUCCGGUUCUUCUCAAACUGGUUCUGCCGGGACCUUUCAACGACGUUCAGGUUAGGCUGCUGUCGUUGGAGCUUCUGGAGACGCUGUCAGCUGUAGUCCCAAUUAAUUACAGCCAGCCGCACAAGAACGACAUCAUCAGAGGCUUGGAACCCGUCCUGGACGAUACCAAGCGGAUUGUCAGGAAGCAGUGCGUGGCCACAAGACAGGCCUUCUUCGAAUUAGGCCAAGUACCAUUCGAUUGA